GUAAUUCUUCUCUGUUUCUUUUCUCCAUCUCUUCUUGUUUCCAAACAUACAUUAGGGAAGCGUUUUCCUUUAUUUUCUUUUCCCUCUUGUCAUUUCUUUUCCUUUCUUUUCCCUCUGUUGCAGCCAAACAAAGUGUAAAACAAGGAAUGUGUUAAGGGAAGGUGAGAUAAGUCCAUGAUCAGUCAGUCACCUUUCCCGAGAGACAAACCCGAGGCUCUGUAAUCAAAUCUGUAUCAAAAACCAAAACUUUUAUCUCUUAUAUUCUCAUUUCUCAUUCCUCAUAUUGCUCUGCGAAUUGGAUUACUUGCUUCGUGAUGAUCCCACUACUGCGCUUUACUUCUUCAACCACUCCUCUCUUACCAAUAAUACCCACUACUCCCUUCUUACCUUCCCUAUCCAAACUCUCUCACAAAAACCAUAACCAGCUGAUGAAGAAGAAGAUGGGUAAGAAGUUGAGGUCGUGUAGAGCUGAGUUCGCAAACGACGCGCCGUUCGCCGCCGCAAUCGGUGCUUGUAUGCUCACUUCACUGCUUCUUCCGGUAACCGACGGUGACGAUACGGAGGAUAGUGAUAACAACGACUCGGCGUUUGGUUUGUCCGAUGCCAGGUUCUCGGUUAUGGGGAUCAUAAGCUUUAUCCCUUACUUUAAUUGGCUGAGUUGGGUGUUUGCUUGGCUUGACACUGGGAAGAAGCGUUAUGCGGUAUAUUCACUUGUGUACUUGGCACCAUAUAUAAGGUCAAAUAUGUCGCUGUCGCUAGAGGAGAGCUGGCUGCCAAUUGCUAGCAUUGUAUUAGGCAUAGUUCACAUUCAGCUGGAAGCAAGCAUAAAAAAUGGAGAUAUUCAGGGAUUUAAUAUUUUUAGCAAUGCUGUAAACCAGUUUUCAUCAAUGACUAGUCAGCAAGAUCAUUCAAAGGGGCACGAAGGAAUUUCUGAGGAGGGAAGGAAAGCAGAGAACGUUAAUCUGCCACCUGCUGAAGAAGAAUUAAGAAAUGAGAUUCCGAGGUGGGAGGUUCCCAAAAAGCCCUCAGGUGAUCAGGAACACUCGAAUGAAGAUGGCUAUGAUGAUGAGGAGAGAAAACACUAACAAGUCAGCAUCCAAGCAUUUAGAUAUAAAUUUUGAUAACAAUAUAUGGCUUGCAGCCACUUUACUGUUUAAAUGAAAUAUGAAUGACAUUGAUGGCAUCUUGAAGUUCUUUGAAUUCACAUUAACUACAAGAUCACAGUGCAGGCUUAGUGCCGGUGAGAGAGACCUUGCCCUUCUGAUUCCUUCCAUUGGAGAACCUGAAUAGGGUUCAAGGGCUUGGUUCAUUAUUUAUUAACUGAAUUUAUGUAAUAUUAUGUUGCAGCAACAUUUUAUUGGUUUA